AGUUUGCGCACUAACGCCACGUGUACUGCACGCAUAGUUGUCUAUGUAUAUUAUUUUGUUGAUUUUGAGUUUUUAAGGCAUUAUGGCAUCAGUCGAUCUGAGGAAACAAUUAGAAGAUUUUCUCACGACUCUCAAUAUUGACACGAUCUGCAUCGAUCAUCCGGAGGUGUUUACGGUGGAGGAGAUGAUGCCUCACGUCUCUCAUCUGAGUGGAAUCAUCACCAAAAACCUGUUUCUCAAAGACAAGAAGAAGAAAAGUCUGUGGCUGCUGUCGGCGCGUCAUGAUCGCCAGCUCAAUCUGGGCGAAGUGGCAAAGCAUCUCGGUGUCAGUGCUGGAAACCUGCGCUUCGCUGAGGAGUCGCUGAUGCUGGAGAAGCUGAAGGUGGGUCAGGGCUGCGCCACGGCACUCUCGCUCUUCUGUGAUCAACAUCAGAGUGUCACGAUGGUGCUGGAUGCCGAUCUGACCACCGGAGGCCACGAUAGGGUUUAUUUCCACCCCAUGACCAACAGCGCCACCAUGGGACUCAAACCCGAAGAUCUGCUCAAGUUUCUGAAGGAGAUCAACCAUGAACCCAUCAUCCUGAACUUUGAUUAACACAAAUGACCCGCUUGAAAAUCCUCAAUGCUCCAUAUAGCACAUGAACAUCUCCCAGAUUUCUGUUUAAGAGUGCAAUCUAAUGAACAUCUGAAUGCCCUGUUGACAUUUGAGAGGAAACAUCUUAUAGAUAUAUUGCAGAUGAGCACACAAUCUAAAACAUACAUCUUCCAGAUGUAAACACACAUCAACUAGAUGUCUGUAUGUGUGCUAUGAGGGACUGCUGUUCCAGCCCCAAAACCAGCUCUAUGACCAGCAAAACACCUCUGGCUCUUCACAGCAGGGGAUUGGUGUCCAAAUCUGUUCAGUUUUACACUAAUACAUCACUCGUACUGAAAUUCCUGUUUAUCACAUCAGAUAUAUUGAGAAAGGAAAAUAAAGCAAUAUGAGGGUUGAGUUUUCUUACACAGAGAUCUUUCUACAGGUUUGCACACAAACUUCACUCUCUUUAUUGUUGGGUCUUUUUUUAAACAGGUUUUAAUUGAAGGUCUUAGUUUCUUUUGCAGUUCAUCAUGCAUUAUAAACCUGUAUAAAACUGUCGUUGUACAGCACACAUACAGCAUGUCUGUCACAUACAGAGGAUUUCAUGACAUAAAGUCUAUCUGAUUAUAGAAAACAAAGUGGGUCAUUGAUCAUGACACAGAGCUGAUCCGGAUCAAAUUCAUUCAACUCACACUCUGGUCCAGGAAUCGUUUUGGUUCCUUGAUUCAAGGAAAAUAAAGGACAUUUCUUCUCUA